AUUGUUGCAAGUGGUAACAGUGGGGGGGAAACACGGUGCUGAUUUUCUGAAGGUGGAAUGGAUUACCAAGUCCCCGGGGCAGUUCUCAAUGGAGAAAUACCUGCACAACCCAGUGGGGAAGAAGAAAAAAGAGGCAGCAGAUCAAAUAUUAGAGCGAGGCCACUGGAACAACAAACUGGAAUAUGUAUUGUCUGUAGCGGGGGAAAUCAUUGGUUUGGGAAAUGUCUGGCGGUUCCCUUACCUUUGUUACAAGAAUGGUGGUGGUGCCUUCUUCAUCCCCUACCUCAUUUUUCUUUUCACCUGUGGGAUCCCUGUGUUUUUCCUGGAGACAGCACUUGGGCAGUACACCAGUCAAGGAGGAGUAACGUCUUGGAGGAGGCUAUGUCCUCUCUUUGAAGGAAUUGGUUAUGCCUCUCAGGUGAUUCUUGUACUCCUGAAUUUCUAUUAUAUUAUAGUUCUGGCUUGGGCCUUGUUUUAUCUCUUCAGCUCAUUUACCAUAAAUCUUCCAUGGGGCAGCUGUGACCAUGAGUGGAAUACAGAGAAUUGUGUGGAAUUCCAGAAGAGAAAUACUUCUCUAAAUGUGACAGCAGAAAAUGGUACCUCUCCUGUUAUUGAGUUCUGGGAGAGAAGAGUACUACACCUUUCAGACGGCAUAGAACAUCUUGGGGGUGUGAGCUGGGAGCUGGCCCUCUGCCUCCUACUGGCAUGGAUCAUUUGCUACUUUUGCAUCUGGAAAGGAGUGAAAUCUACUGGCAAGGUGGUGUACUUUACGGCCACCUUCCCCUAUCUCAUGCUGGUAGUUCUAUUAAUCAGGGGAGUCUCUCUGCCUGGAGCAUCUAAAGGGAUCCUCUUCUACCUUUACCCAGACAUUACACGGCUCAGUGAUCCCCAGGUGUGGAUGGAUGCAGGCACUCAGAUCUUCUUCUCCUAUGCCAUUUGCCUGGGGUGCCUGACAGCUUUGGGCAGCUACAACAAAUAUCACAACAACUGUUACAGGGACUGCAUUGCUCUAUGUUUUCUGAACAGUGGUACAAGUUUUAUAGCUGGCUUUGCAAUCUUUUCCAUCUUGGGCUUUAUGGCAGAAGAACAAGGAGUGCCUAUUUCUGAAGUAGCUGAGUCAGGGCCUGGACUGGCAUUCAUCGCAUACCCCCGGGCUGUUGUUAUGCUGCCUUUCUCUCCAUUAUGGGCCUGUUUCUUCUUUGUCAUGAUCGUUCUACUGGGGUUGGACAGCCAGUUUGUCUGUGUGGAGAGCCUGGUGACCGCCGUAGUUGACAUGUAUCCUGGGAUUUUCCGGAAAAAGAACCGCAGAGAAAUUCUAAUCCUUCUGAUCUCUAUCAUCUCCUACUUCGUAGGCUUGAUCAUGAUCACAGAGGGUGGGAUGUACGUCUUCCAGCUGUUUGACUACUAUGCUGCUAGUGGGAUGUGCCUGCUCUUUGUUGCCAUUUUCGAAACUCUCUGCAUUGGCUGGGUGUAUGGUGCUGACCGUUUCUAUGAUAACAUUGAAGACAUGAUUGGGUAUCGGCCAUGGUCUCUCAUCAAAUACUGUUGGGUAUUCAUCACACCAGCUGUCUGCCUGGCAACCUUUCUCUUUUCCUUGAUUAAAUACACCCCGGUGACAUACAACAAGAAAUACGUUUACCCGUGGUGGGGAGACACUGUGGGCUGGCUGCUGGCUCUUUCGUCUAUGAUCUGCAUCCCACUUUGGAUUGCUUAUAAACUCUCCACCAUUAAAGGAUCUCUGAGAGAGAGAUUUCACCAGCUUGUUUGUCCAGAUGAAGACUUGCCCCAAGGAAUGUGUCCCAAUCCUCCGCCCUUCCCCACCACUGGCACUGGGCUCCUGACACUGACGGAGCUGGAUUCUCACUGCUAGAAGGAGGAGCAUGCUCCUCAAUACUGGACACUCCUGGACUCUGUUGAAGGCUAAGGAGAGAGGGACAAUGAGCUCUGGUCCAUCCCUCUCCCCUUCCAAAGAAUCUGUGGUGGCUGCUAGGGACAGAGAGUUCUCCCAGGAUGUGGUGGUGGAAGCAGGUGCUGCUUCAGCUUCUCUCUGGUAGCAGAUUUGCAGGCGAUGGCUCCAACUGAAAUGUUCUCCUGUGAGUUCUUCUGGGAAUGGAACAGGAAAGAUGGAACUUAGAAAUGUUUAACAAGAUCACUGAAGAGUUUCUCCUGUGGGAUUUUAUGGAGCUUUCCAUUCCAUCUAUAAAUCAUUGUUCCUUUUACAUUGUUGUAUGUGUUUUGAAAGGCAGGGUGGUGAUCUGUAACUGAGGCUCUUGCAUCUGGUUGGCUCUUGCAUCUCCAGCUUGCAGAGAUUUGAUACUAGAGCUUGCAAAGUGAAUUUCCCACCUUUCAAGGCAGCUUGCAAUGUUAAAACAGGUAGAGAUAAAAGUCCAUAUCAUGAAAAUGUACAAAAGUAACAUUAUAAUUAAACUGCAAAUUGAAUAAAAAGCAAUAUAAAAGCAUGCCCUUUAAAGGAAAAAUAUAGACAGUGUUGCACAUUAUGGCAAGCCCCUUUCCUAAUGAGUCGUUAGUAUCCAAAGGUGUGUUGAAACAAAAAAGUAUUUGCCUGCUGAAAAAAGGACUAGUCUAGCCUUUCUAGACAGGGAUUUCCAGAAUUUGGAGCAGCCAUCAAGAAGCUUCCAACUCAUUGCAUACUUUGAGAAGGCAAAGGGAUGCAGAGAAAGGUCCCUGCAACCCGCAGAAUUCCUUUGCUGGAAAAUUCUCUGAGUUGGAGUUGCAAAGUAUAAUCUUAUCAUUAUCUAUAGCAUCUAUACAGAUUUUCUGUUCUUUACAUUGCCUUCUGACUUGGUUAGAGUACAGGUCAUGAUUCCUUUCCCCUUUGUCUUUAAGGACCAAGUUACAUGUGACACCAAUAGGAGCUCUUCUAAUUUAAGACUAAUAUCUGCUUGGGUGGAAUUUUUCAUUGGGACAGCUGCUGUGGGAAUGUUCCUACAUUCAGUCCUGCUCUUGGAUUGCUGUUUCUGCAAUUCCAGUCAAUAAAUUGGUACAUUUAAGGCA